AUGCAGGAUUGCAUCGCCCAAGCCCAGGGAACUUUCGUCAAAUUCCACAAGGAGCACAUUCACACGGUGAUUGAGGAGGGCAAGUACAAUAUCUCUGACUUACCACUUAUCGAGGUCCAAGGCAAGGGGAAAAAGUUCAAGGAGUUCUUCCGGAUUGUGAAGAAUGUGAGCGCGGAGGAUCUAGAUCGACUUCGCCAAGCCAUGAAUACGAACCCCAAUGCCAUAGCUCAUUUGCCUGAUUGCGUCUUCUGUCGACACGAACCCAUGGUGCUGAAUUACAAGAUUGCGUCUAACUCCGAUCUCGUGAAAUGCUCCUUUCUGGUUAUGCUGUCCCACAUUCAAGGUGAUCAGUGGCUCACUCAGUCACUUGGACAGAAGCUGACUCGGGCAAGCAAGUCGGCUUCCGAAAAGGACCCAGCAUCCUGGGACCCAACCCCAGAUGAGCUUCGAGAAGGCAUUGAUUACAUCAACAGCAAUGCUCCGUUGGCAAAUGGUAAAAACGAGCAAUUCUUGUGGGCGUUGUUGAACGUCCGCGACAAGGACUCCCCCAUCUUCACAUGGCCCAUGCACGUUGUGAGCAGGGCUUGUCAGAAUCGCACAUUGGGUAACUCACAAGCCGAGCCUGAGUUCUUCUUCCCCUUGCUUAUCUCGGAUUUGAAUGCAGCGUUUGUGGAGAAGAUCCUGCCACUGAUUGUUCCCACUAUGCCCACACACGGACUGAUACUCUUGGGCCGUGCAGGCAUUGGGAAAACUCCUUUGGCCAUCGUCCUUGCCCUCGCCCUGGCGAGACAUUUCGUGGCAUCUCGCGGUCUCACUGGUGCGGUCGUUGGUUGGAGAAGAUCCAAACAGAUCGACGGCUUUCGUGAAAGACCCGGUGAACUGUCCGUGCCUGUGCUUUUGGACGACCCCAUCUUGUCAUCUAUGAGCCUGGAGGACAUCAAGUCUUUCCUUGAUGUCGGGGAGACUUGUUUGGUGGACGCGCGCUACCGAGCGGCGAAGUUCAUGAGGAAUCAAACUCGCAUUCUUCUCAACAAUGAAUGGAAUCCUGACAACGAGCCGGAGCUGCCGUACUGGGACCAGAUCAGCUGGCAGCAGUUCUUGGAUAUGUUCCAUUCCUCCAUGAACAAUGCGCCCAUGCCACACCUCAUGGCGAUUCUCAAAAGGGCUACCGUGGUGAUCGCAGGCCAUAAAGCCGUGUAUGUUCGUCUAGCCAGCGAACACCAGUCCGAGCGCAUUCGGCGCUUUGAAGACAGCGGCAUCACAGAAGACUGGCUGGUUUCCAAGAACAAGUCCUUCUACAGCCACUACAAGGACGGCCGCUUUGUGAAGUACCCUGGAUAUGAGGACGCCUUGGAAGCCGAGGCUAACCUGAUCGGCGAGCUCCUAGCUUCCCCAGAGGAGAAGGAGUAUCUCAGACGCGGUGCCAGCUAUGACUCCUGGGCUCAGGACUAUGGGGUAGACAGGGCAUCAACUCCUCCACGCGGUUCAGGUCACAAUCCGGCCGUGGCAUCCAGUCCUUUGAUCAGGUCUCCUCCCAACAAGAUGGCAAAGACGCAGGAUGAGGACCCCGACGAGGCCGAGGCCCGUAACCUCCAUGCAGAGUCGUCUUGGGAAGCUCAUUGUACAUUGAUCGCAAUGGCCGACCUCGAGGUGUUCAGCACCCAUCUCAAGACAUGCUAUUGUGGCGGGCGUCUUGCCACAGCACACACCGUCGAUGCGGUAGCAUACACCUUCCAAGGUGUUCAAAAUGUCCACGUCCAGACGAUGCGGUGCACAAGCUAUGCUUGUCGCAAAAGCUUCGGACCCAACUUCGUCUGGGAGGAUUCGGCCAAGUACAACACCGUGAACUCCGACACCAUGGGCCGGAUCCUCUUCAUCAACAACAAAUGUGGAUUUGCUACGGACUACUUGCACUACCACUCCCUCCUUGAGUUCCGCGCCUUUGUAGCCACCAGAGCUGUCAAAGAUGUGUACCAGGAUGUCUUCGGGCUAUCACAUUCCGACAAAUCCAGUCAGUUCCGAGUCAAUCACGCCACCGGGAUCAUGUACUGGAUAGCCGUACACGAGCUGGAAGCCAUCGGCAAGGAGCGAGACAUCAUCGUUGGUAACGAGAUUUCCGAGGCCAGUCUCCGCGCCUAUGAGCAGCAUCUUCAGCGCACCUGCUUUCUUCAUCCCCGCCCAUCUACGGUGCCUGAGAUCGUAGCCGAUGGGCAUGCCAAGGUGCACGUGAAAUGCGACAAUGUGCUCCGCCACUCGGGCAAGCCCAAAGCAGACAAACGAAUCAAGCCAUACGGGCACGGCUGGUUCAUGUUGGUGCACCCGAAGAAUCUUAGGAUUUUGUGGGCUCGGGCGACGGAGGCACCCGAGGGGAAUGACAUCCUGGAGACGGCGCUGCGGGAGACCUUGCCCAAGUAUCCCAAGGCUGAUGGCGUCGUAGUGGACCGUGCCUGUAGCUUCCUUCCCUGCGCUUGCCGUAUCAAGGCCUUCAACCAAGUGAAGUGCUGGAGUGUGGACUUGUUUCACGCGCAUGGAGCCUACUUUGCGGAACCAAAAGUGGGCACCUAUGCUGAAGAGCAUCUAGCCUUCUUGUCAGAAGGCGGACUGGAUGUGGAGGACCAGGAGGCCUGCGACUUCGCCUCCGAGUUGAUCCAGUCCGAGCAGGACGCCUACUUUGCACGCAAAGGAGCUCAAACCAAAGGCCAUGGCGGGUUCGCGAAGAACAACUCCCCGCCGUUUGAGAUCAGUGGCUCCAUCAGCCUUGACGACAAGCGGGCCAGACUGAGAGCCUUGAAGGCCCGCACUACCUGCAAGAAGUGCGGGGCCGUGGGGCACUGGUCGGGCGACUAUGAGUGCCCCCUGUCAAAGGGCAAGAGCAAGAAGGGCAGCGGAAAGACCUCACCUAGCACUACUUCUUCCUUCGGUGGCGGAACCUCACAGCCACCUGGAGGCAAGGGCGGACCAGCUGCUACCCCAUCAAGGGCGAACAACGACUGGUCGGUGAUGCCUUCGAUGCGUGCAGUUCCACCGCCUACGAGCUUGACAGAUGGAGGCCCACCGAACAGGAUCACCACCGAGGAUCCUGGAGACCAUUGGAGCAUCGUUGCGGCCCCCCAAGGCGAAGAAUCUCCCGAGCAUGGACAAUGGAUGCCCAUGGAGAUGGACGACCCGGACAUGCUGGAGUUGCUGGACGCCCUGGACGUGGACAGACUGGAGGCCAACACAGAGAAUGCGCUGGCGACGAACCACCCACGGAACGAGAUACCUCUUCUACCACUACAGAACAGAUGGCCCAGCCACGACUCCGACAACUUCCUCUACUACUUCCACUUGCCCACACCAUUGGACCACAUGGCGUGGAUCGAAUGGGUCGAUGAGGAUACGAACUUGCAGGGCCCCGGACCUCUCUAUCGCGACGGCUAUGACUUGGAGCGCACCUACCGGAUUGCCAUCACGGACAAACGCCCCGGCAACUCCUACAAGGACCUCCUCUACUACCAGAUCGCCCGGGACGCAACACAGUGGAGAUGGGACGUUACAAGCAUGGGAAAUAUGCCGAAGCCUAUGCAGAUCAGUCCUAUCGGAACUGGGUCCUGGAGAACAUCAACCACUGCUAUGAAGGCGCUGAAGGCCUACUUUGUAGAGCGCAAAAGCUAUGAGGAGAAGCCUGGUUCCAUCCCCCUGAUGGCUGUGGGAGAGACUACGGAGCAGAUCGACGAGCAGGACCUCAUCGCCAUCCUGGACACCGGCUGUAACCAAACGUGCCACGGGGAUCGAUGGUUGGCACGAUAUGCCAAGGCUACAGGACACCAACUUCCGGAGGUGGACACAACCUCCGAAGUCAGGAUCCGUGGGAUCGGCGGGCACAUCCGCACUUCAGGAGUCCGGAAACUUCACCUGAUCCUCGAAUUGGUGAACGGGGGCCUGGCACAAGGCGAUCUCGCAAGCACCGAACUCCUGGAGUCCGACGCCCCGCUCCUCAUCUCGGUUCAAGCCCAACGAGCACUGGGCUUGAUUAUCGACAUUGCCGGCGAAGUGGUCCACGCUCAGACUUUGGGCCACGACCUCAAGUUGGCGUACAAAGACGGCUUGCUUGGCAUCCGCCUUCUACCAGGAGACCCUGGAGAACCUCAUGAGGAUGGAGCGUCACCACUCAUGGACGGACCCCAUGGCCAUGCUAGCGAUGAAGAGAAACCACACGAACCACAAGCAGGCGAAAACCCGGGUGAGGAAGUGGCCUUCUACACCUUCGACAUGGACAAGGCCAAGGUGAUGAACAAGGGGCAACACGCCAGGGUACGUGAAGGAGUCGAUGGGGUGAAAUCCAAGGACCGCCACCUGUGCAACCAAAUCAAGCCCAAGCGAGCACGCCGUCAUCAUGAACUACCACGUGGGUGCAAAACCUUCUUGCUUGAGAUCUUUGCUGGUGCGGCCAUACUUACUCAGAUUGCGCUCCACGAGCUGGCCAUGCCGGUUACCCCGCCGGUUGACCUCAACACGGGCUUCGACCUCCUCACCAAGGAGGGCAGACAUGAGGUUGAACGCCUCAUUGAUCGCGACGAUCCCUUCGCGAUCGCCUUUGCUCCGGUCUGUGGACCUUGGUCGUCAUGGACCAAUAUCGCCAGCGGAGCGGCGAGAAGCAAGAUCAUGGCACAGCGCAAGAAAUGGCAGCCAGUCAUUGACUGGAUGUACAAGGUCACCAGGCAAAGACUCUCGCGCGGCAGGCACGUGUUCAUCGAGAACCCGUGGAAUUCGGCGAUGUGGGACUGCUCCCACUCCCAGAAGUUCUUCAAUGAGUUGCCGCACGACCACGCCACUUUGGAGCCGAUGGAGUGCGUCAAGAUUGACCAAUGCAUGUUUGGCCUUGUGGACGCCGUCAACAACCUGCCCCACAUGAAGCCCACCGGCAUCUUGACCGCCUCCGCCGAAAUCAAGCACCGGCUCAGCCUUUACAAGUGCCACGGCCUACAUGUGCAUCAACAAUUGGAUACCAAGGCCAGAUGUGUGGCAGCCCAAACGUGGCCGCGCGCCAUGUGCGAGCAAUUGCUCGCCGGCCCUUUGGCGGAGCUGGACUACGUCAUGACCAUGGUUGCUUUUCCCGCCGAGGCCGAACAGGAGCUCGAGUGCACCACCGACGAUGAGGGUGACGAGAAAACCUACCUGGAUGCCACCGUCACCGACAACGACCUGGCCACGACGGCUUUUCCGGACUUUGCCGCAACAAAAGAACGAGAAGAGCGGGAGAUUCUCUACGAGGAAGGCGAUCCACCUCCCCCUCCGGAGCCUGUGGGUGAACCACUUCAUCGACGACAACAGCAAUGGCGGCAACUUCCCUACAACACCAGAGUGGCACUGCGACGUCUUCACCACAUGACAGGUCAUGCUCCACCUUCGGCGAUGCAACGGCCAAGAAGGUCCCGGACAGGCCAGGAGUACAAGUUCAACAAGGCGAUCUCCCUGGAUGUCUUCAUCGUGAAGGACGCCUUGAACAAGAAGUACAAGGUGAUGUCUGUUGUGGAUUUGGGAACACUCUUCCACGCGGCGGUCAUCGUUGGCGAAGGCGGAGGACCUCCCAGUUCGGGAGACAUGGCCAGGGCGAUGAACUUGAUAUGGUUCUCCUGGGCAGGAGCACCGGAAUCUAUAGUUCUGGACAGAGGAGAACGACAUGGCGGGAUCCUCAAAGAAGUUGUGAAGUCGCUCGUGACCUCCCGGCAGCUUCGAGGGCGACAGAACAUGGAAUAUGCCGUGACGGAGUCUGUGGGAAUCAAGAACCACCGGGUGAACCACCAUGGCUUCUCUCCUAGCCAAUGGGUGCUGGGAAGAAAUCCCCCGGACAUGGAAUCGCUCACCGCCCUCUUGCCGGAGGCGAAGCUCGGAGUCCACCAGGAGAUCCUGGAUGGAGAAACGAGUUUCGAACAACAGAUGAUGAUCCGAGGAGCCGCCAAAGAAGCUUUCUCUCAGGUGGACAGCUCUCAACGUGUCCGAGCUGCUAUGUUACGCAAGAGUGUGCCUGGACGUGGCCCAUUCAACAUGGGAGACUUGGUCUGCUUCUACAAGCGACAAGGUGGAAAAGCUGGUUGGAAAUGGUUCGGUCCGGCGUUUGUGAUCGGACAAGAAGGACGAGGAACCUUGUGGCUGUGCCAUGGAGGAAUUCCUAUGACAGUAUCGUCGGAACAAUGCCGACAUGCCACCGGGAAUGAAAUGCUGGCCAAGCGAAUGUUGGAGCUGAAGCCUUCGAGGAAACGGAGACGUGAGGAUAUGGCCACCCCCGAAGAAGCUAUGCAGUCCGCUGAAGACGACCCCUUCAUCGACGACCUCAUCGGAGUUGGAAGUAUUACGGAAGGGGGGCAACAAGGCUUCUUCGACCUCAACGAUCACCUCAGCGACUACUCUCCUUCACUUGCACCACCACCAGCAGAUGCAGACGGGCAGGAGACAGCAGGACUUCAUCCACCACCACCUGGACUUCCGUCAAUGUCCUCAGUCGGAGAUCAACGCGCGGAUCAGGCAGCAGAUAGCACUCAGGCUUCAGGAAGCCGAGACGGGCAGGAGACAUCAGGACGUCAAGCGCCACCACCUGGACUUCCCUUGGGCAAUGGCCACAUGCCGCCAGUGAUGGGUCCCGAUCAAGAAAUGCCAGAUGUACCCGACAGCAGCGUGGGAUCCCCGACUAUCUCGGUAGGUGAACCGGAGCAAGAAUUAGUACCUCCUAGCCGAGAAGUCAGUGACCGCCCAGAGAAUCUACGACCUCUACAACAAGCUCUCCGAAGGUCACCGGACGCUUUGGAUGGCCACCCGGCAUCGCGAAAUCGAUCGAGAUCACCACUGCGUUCCAUGAUGACUAUCUCCGAGAAUCCCUCGACCGGAAAGUACUUUGAUGGCUUUCUGGCUCGGAGAAUCAACAAGAAGAGCGCGGCUGCUCGAGCGAAGGAGCUGAACUUCAACAAGUCCGACGGAAGCCAACGUGAAGGCAUCCUUGAGGCGAGAAAGAACGAGUGGGGAAAUUGGCAAGGUUUUAUGCCGUGGAUGUCAUCAAGCCCGAAGACGUGA